AUCUCUAAACGACCACGUGACGUGGCUACACAUGCAAUAAAUACAGAAAAUGGCGGCUUGAUUCCAACUUGCCUAAAAUAUUUUGGUUUCAAACAUACGGUUGUGUCUAGUGUUUUAAAUAAUUGAUAAUGGGAUUUUCAAGAUCUGAGGCUUAUGAUAUUUUAGAGUUACCAAUCGGAGCAGACCUAGAUUCAGUAAGGACUAGCUAUAAACGCCUUGCACUCAAGUGGCAUCCUGAGAAACACAGCCAGUCGCCAUACUCCAUGAAAAAAUUCCAGGAAAUAUCCAAAGCAUACAAAAAGUUAAUGGAGGAUGACAGUGAGGACAUGACACUGGAGCGGAUGAUGCAGUUAUUCAAAGAAGUUUUCUUUUCACAGAAUUUAAAUACUUAUAAUGGGUCGGGAGAUGAAUCUUCUUCUGAUGAUUAUGAAGAUGAAGAUGAUAUUGAUUCAGAUGAGGAACAGUAUUCGAAUUUAUAUCCAGAUAGAUUUAGAAUCAAAGAUACAAAAAAAUCCAAAGCAGGGAGUGAAUCUCAUUUUAAAAGAUUAACAGUAGAUGAAAUCAAUAGAAAUGCAGAAGAAUUAAUAACAGAAGAGGAAAAAGAAAAGAGAAGAUUAGAGAAAAGAAAAGCAAAGAAAAAGAGAAGAAGGGAGAAAAAGAAGCUAGAAAAACAGAAAGAACAGACAAAGGUGGAAGUAAAUGGGCAGACUAAAACUAAAGAUACAAUUAAUACAGAUAUACAAAUUGGAUAUAAAGUAAAAAGGGAAAAGAAACAUUGCAAUUCGUCAUCAUCAGAUGAUGCUGUCAGUGGUUUUGAUCCUAAUUCAGCUUUUUUUACCAAAGUCAUUAAUAAGAAAAAGAAAGCUACUACAGGAUCAGACUCGACAGGGAAGAGAGCGCGAUCGAAACAUGGCAGUGACGAUGAGUCGGAGGAUUUAGAUCCUGUUGUUCUCCGUAGUAGACAGCUAGCAAUUAAAGGAAAUGAAAUGGCCCAAUUAGGUCAUUACAUUGCAGCUAUAGAACUAUUUAGUGAAGCAAUAAAAUUAGACCCUAAUGAUUUUAGAUUUUUUGGAAAUAGAUCAUAUUGUUUUGAUCGAGAAAAUCAAUAUGAUAGGGCCUUAAAAGAUGCAGAAAAAGCUAUAUUACUUCAAAAAGAUUGGCCUAAAGGAUAUUUUAGAAAAGGGAGAGCAUUAGCUGGACUAAGGAUGUUCUCUGAAGCGGAAGAUGCCUUUACACAAGUUUUGAAAUUAGACAAAAAUUGUGAUGAUGCUGUUCAAGAACUUUUACGUGUUAGAAUUCGCCAAAUAACUGAAAUGGGUUUUUCUCGAUCUCAGGCGGAGGAAGCAAUCAAGAAGCAUUCCACAGUACAGGCUGCUUUGGAUUCACUGUUAGCCGGUGUAGCAGAGAAUGCUCUUGGUGGUGAGGUGUAUGUUUCUGAUGAUGAAUUAGGAUUCAUGACUCCAUCCAGUCCCAAAUCCCAAACACAAAAUACAGAUUCAAAAAUGGACCCACGUAACCCAGAGGGGCUAACAGCAUUAUGGGUUGGAAAUGUUUUACCAGAUAAAGUAGAUGAUAAAAAGCUUCUGAAAAUUUUUUCAAGGUAUGGUCCUGUGACCAGUGUACGUACAUUACCAGAAAAAUUUUGUGCAUUUGUAAAUUUCAAAACGAAGGAGGCUGCGGGGAAAGCCAUGCAAUGUUUACAGGGAGCAGAAUGUGGAGGCCAGAAAUUACUGAUAAAGUUCCCUGACAACCCCAUUGUAAAUAGUGGUACACUCACAAUAAGAAAAACUGUCAGUACUCCACAACAGAGACAGACAUACGUAGGAAAAGCAGUAGUCGCGCAAUAUCAGAAUUCUACGACCAUGAACAAUACGUCGGAGACAAUGGACCCAAAGAACACCGGGCCAGUGAACGGAGAUGAAUGCUACUUUUGGAGGACCACAGGGUGUUCAUUUGGUGAUAAGUGCCGCAAUAAACACUUACCCUCUAGCAAAGGAGUAGACAAAAAACCAUGGCAGAAAACCUAGCAGAGUUGGAUUCACUGGGCAAAAAUAGAUUUAUAUUAAAAUGUCAGUUUUGUUGUUCUUUAGGUGCUUCACAAUGGAAGUUAGACUUUUUUUCUUUUUUUUUUUGGUUGUAUUGUCAUAUCAAGAGAAAAAAAAUUAAAUUUGGACUCUCUCCUGAUCCAUUUUUGAUAGAGGUGAAAGGAAAACUGGAAAUUAUUGUUCUUCAUAUUAUGAAUAGGUUGAAGGAAUUGAAUUGCUACAUGUUAGUCGGGUAAUCAAAUAUGAAGACCUUUUUUUUAUACUAACAUGCUAUUUUUUUUUGUUUUGUUUUGUUUUUUACAUCAUUUACUUAUAAAUAAACUGUGGUAAGGUAAAAUUAAUUUCUUGUACAAAAUGAAAUACCCAAGUCCAAUUCUUUACACUUUUUAUGCAUUUUAUCAGAUUUUGCUUGAAUAGAGAUCUGAACAGGGUUUUUUUUUUUAUUUGCUGGUACCUUGAUGGUAUUUGUUUUAUAGAUACUGAAGGUUACCCACAUCAUGCUCUGUAACACACACUCUCACCGACUAGUCACGGUCUUUGCUCAUAGUACAGUAAUAUGUUUUUUGUAUGUUGUAAGUCCUGAUAAUUCCCUAGUUUUCUGUUCAAAGUGGUGGUCAAGGUAUUAAUGAGCAGACCUGAUCUACUGUUUUUCUCUGUAUUAUUGUGAGAUAUUAGGGCAUUAUUCUGCCAUAACAUGACUAUGAUCUGUAUUGUUUUAAAUCAGAACAUUCAGGUUUUACCUGAUUUGUAAAAGAAUUUUGCAUAAUUUGUGGAAACUGUUUAUUUUGUACAGAUUUGAGCUACAGAUGCUGCAGGUUUUGUACACUGUUGAGUUUUUUUUUAAACUCCAGUGAAGUAUUGAUAUUAUAACAUGUUAGCUUUUAACUAGUGUAGAAAUGUAGAUAGUGGGGGGUAGUGAUGAUAAUGAUUGAUAAGACUGAAAUAGAGAGUGUUAGACAUUAGUGAUUACUGAUCACUGCCUGUCUGAAGCUCUGGGGUUCCCCGUCUUUUUCUUGUCGCCUUGUAUUCAAUUUUGAGGAAAUAAUCUCCCAAUGAUACGCUGUUUUAGGUUACUAUAUACAUACCAAUGUGUUAGCACUAUUUUUAUUUGUUUCAUUUAUUUUAUUUGUAAAAUCUGCACUGAAACUUUAAUUUCCUAGAAAUUGCUUUAAUGUUACAUCUGCAUUGAGGAAAGGAUUGUCAUAAAGAAUGUCACGAAAGAAGGUUUUAUAAAUGUGGUAUCGCGCCAUACUCUAAACAACUGUCCUUAAGAGGUUGACUGCAUUUACACCUAUGUAUGUACUAGAAAUUCUUUUUCUUUUAAACAUAAAAUUAAAGAAGAACUACACAUGCUGUUACAAUCACUACAGAAUUAUGUACAAAUCAUGUUGAGAUCAGAUAGAUGAUGGUAUGACUUUAUUCCACUUUUAUGCCUUGUUUAUUGCAGGAGGAUUUGGAAUACAUUUAUUUUCUACUUCUUUUAAAGUUUUGGUGUGGAGGAGCUGGAAUAUUUCCGAUUCUCAGUUGUUAAAUUGAGAUGCAUUGGUAAUAGAAUUGUGUUUCAAAACAGUGAGAUUUAGGGAGGUAGAUAACUGGCAAUGAAAAAAAAAUACCAAAGAUUUAAUUUUUACUUCAGAGUCUAAAAACUUAAAUUCGUGGUUUUUUUUUUUUUAUCAAUAUAUAAGAUUUGGGCGAGACUUCUAAGAUGUUAGAUAUGACCAAAAAUUGCAUGUACAUUUAAUCUUCAUGACAUAUUGUCAUUUAUUGCACAAGUACAGGGGCCAGUUGCAAAAAAGUUAAGUUUAACUGACAAUUAACUUCAAGUUAACGCUAUGUAAAUGUUCAAGUUAAUGGCAAGUUAACUGUUAGUUAAAGUUAAAUAACCCUUGUGCAACUGGGUCCAGGUGAUUUAAGGGAGAAUUGUAGAUGUAAGUAUUUGUAAGCUGGGUUCACUUUGAUCAUCUUCCAUAAAACAUUGCAUAGCUCAAACUUGUGGUGGAAAUAACAUUAUUUUUAAAUAUGUAUGCAACAUGAAAGAGAAAAAAUAAAAAUGUCUUUUGAUACUCUCA